AUGGAUGUGGAACUGUACGUUUACGAUCUCUCUGGCUACUCCAUGUCCUUGACAGGGAUCCAGAUUGAUGCCAUAUAUCACACUUCGCUUGUCUUUGGAGGGGUUGAAUACUUUUUUGGCCAGGGUGUUCAUAGGACGGUCCCUGGAACAACACAUCAUGGACAGCCCAUGGAGAAGCUUCAUAUGGGGCGAACAGAGUUGCCGAACGAGGUUAUUCAGGAGUACCUUGAAUCUCUAGCGCAGAUAUAUACUCCGGAGUCCUACGACCUGUUUAUGCAUAACUGCAACAACUUCACUCAAGAUCUGUCCAUGUUCCUCCUUGGAAAAGGCAUUCCGGAGCAUAUUCAGUCUUUGCCCAAAACAUUUUUGAGCACUCCUCUCGGACAGAUGUUACGACCACAGAUUGAUAGAGCAAUGCGUGGCAUCACACAAGCAGACCCCGGUCCACAAAUACCUGCUCCAUCUGCUCAAACACCUCAUAGACCACCCGGACCAACAGUAUCUGCUGUACAUGCGACACAAGAUCUCAGGGGAUACGUAAGAAACGUCAGCAACCUGCGAGAAUUAGACGAACAACUAUCCCUUGCCAAGGACUCUUGCGCCUGCAUAUUCUUCACAUCUUCAGCAUGUGCCCCAUGCAAAAUAGCUUAUCCGGCAUAUGACGAACUUGCAGAAGAAGCUGGAGACAAAGCCAUUCUCAUCAAAGUUGACCUCAAUACGGCAUUUGACGUUUCAACACGAUACAACGUUCGCGCCACGCCAACUUUUAUGACUUUUCUUAAGGGCAAAAAGGAGCACGAGUGGACGGGAGCCAAUCCUGCUGAACUCAAGGGCAACAUUAGAUUGUUGAUACAAUCUGCUUUCCCGCCGCAUCCUCAUACUGCUCUUCGCCUUCCUAGUCUACAGCGGGAAAUUACGAAUUAUGUGCUUUAUACGAGGAUACCUCCCAUGGAAAAAUUGCUACAGAAGAUUGGGUCAUAUCAGCAGGAUCCCACAAUUAUAGGACUGGUUGAAUUUAUAAAAACAAGAUUGACGGCACCUGCUGAUGCAGCAGUACCGAAUCUUGCUUUCCUGGCUCAGUUCAUUCAAUCGACACUUCCUUCGAUUCCGAAAGAUAGCCUUUUUGCAUUGGUCGAUUUGAUCCGGGUAGCCUUUGUCGACCCUCGUGUAAGCGGUUUCUUCGCAGAGGAGGCAGGCCAACGAACUCUUUUAGCCUUACUUUCUCCUUCAUCUGACCUCGCCUCUUGUCCCUACAACCUACGAAUUGUCAUGCUUCAACUGGCAUGCAACUUCUUUUCAUCAUCGUUAUUCCCGCAGCAAAUCACCACGAACCACGAAUUACGCGAAUCAUGCAUUCGAUUGCUCACAGGCUGUCUUCUAGACAGCCACACUAAUCUGCGCGUGGUCGCAGCAUCAUUUGCGCAUAACCUAGCAGCAUAUAACCACAACGAACGAUUCGCCAGUCGACCAGAUAAGUUGACCGAAGAAGAUCAAGUCGAAAUCGCAGCAUCGCUGGUUGAAGCUAUUAAUACCGAAGAGGAGAGCGUUGAGGCAUUGCAUGGGUUCCUGUUUGCACUUGGGUUAUUGCUGUAUGAGGCGCCUGUUGACGGCGGUCUGAUGGAUCUUUGUCGAGCGAUGGGCAUAGCAGAGUUGAUUACUGCUAAGAAGCAGAUUGAGAAGAUGAAGGGCGAGCCUCUUCUGAAGGAAAUUGGGCAAGAGUUGUUUGGCAAAGGGUUGAAAUAAGUUAUGUUAAGUUACGUUACUUAGUUAACUUGUUAACAAUAAGAGAGAUAAUUAAUUACAUAAGCAUCC